AACCCAACUAACAACCACCCCACCCCCUCUCUCUCUCUCUAACUCAGCGAGUGUCCGGCGAGCGUAUUCUCGCCGGAAUUCGCUCAUCCCUCCUCCAAAUCUCGACGUUUCCACCAUCCGAGCUCUACGAGUCUCCUAUAGAGAUCAAAAGAAUCUCUGAUUUUUUGUCUUUAUUUUUUAAUUAAUUUUUUUUUUAAGCAACGAGGAUUAGAUUUUUUUUUUAAAUAAAAAACAACAGCAAAAAGGAAAAUAUUCCGUGUCUGCGUCCGUCUCCGUCUCUUUCCAAUUCUCCUUUUGGUUAUGGUGGUGAAUGAUAGCUUGCAAGCGAAUGCAAAUGCAAAUGCAGGUUCUAACUAAUCCACAUAUGCUCUGAGAUCCCUUUUUUGUUUUUCUCUUCUCUCAUUCCUUUCCUCCUUUGGUUCCUCUUUCUUCUCCCAAUUUUCCAAAUUCUAGAGAGAGACAGGAAAGUGAGAGGGAGCGAGAUUCGACAUGAUGGUCAAUUUGUAUUUUUAGAUGAAGAGCCAUGCAGCCUAGACAGGGUGGGCAAGUGAGAAUCUUUAGAGUUUUUCUCUCUCUUAUUAGAGUUUCUGGUUUGGGAGUUUCGGUAUGCCAUUUGAAGUAAUGGAUCAGGGUGUGUCUGCCUCGUCUCAUUGCUUUGAAGAAAUUUAUUUUCCUUCUGAGAAAGUUGGAUAUCUGAAACCCAAGGGCAUGUCUCAUCACGGAGGAAUGAAUGGAAUGGUAGCAACACCUGGAAGCGUGUUGGAUGCUUUACCACACCUAGAAAAACUUUCACCUAUAGGGGCACAGUCUGUGGAUGCUCUGGAACUGCCACAGUCAAUUCUACCUAGAGAUCAAAGAAAAAAGACAGGUUCUGGUGGAGAAGAAGCUGAUUUAUCCAAUGCUUCAUGGAAAUCCGUGAAUCACCAAAUGGAAUCGUUGUCAAAUGCGUGCAUGCAGAUGCCUUCUCAUAGUUUGGACAGGAAGAAGACUGUAAUCAGUGGCACCAAUCAUGAAAGUAGUUUGUUUUCAAGCUCUUUGUCUGAAAUAUUUAGUAGAAAGUUGGGAAUUUUGGGGAAUGAGGUUCCAUCUCAUCAGCCUGCUAGUGCUGUUUUUUCCCACCAUGAUGAAGAGCUGUUUGAAUCUAUUGAAGAACUUGAGGCCCAAACUAGCGGAAAUUUCCUUCCUGAUGAAGAUGACCUGUUUUCUGGCAUGAUUGAUGAGCUGGCAUGUAGUGCUCAUGCCAAUAGUGGAGAUGACUUCGAAGAUUAUGAUUUAUUCAGCAGUGGGGGAGGUAUGGAAUUAGAAGGGGAGGAUCGCAUGUAUAUGGGGCAAAGGAAUUUUGAUUAUAUCAGGGGCCCUUCCAACGGUCAAGUGGGUUCUAAUAGCUCAAUUGUUGGUGAACACCCUUUUGGUGAACACCCAUCUAGAACACUCUUUGUGAGAAAUAUAAAUAGCAAUGUUGAGGAAUCUGAAUUAAAGGCUUUUUUUGAGCAACAUGGAGAUAUUCGAAUGCUGUAUACUGCCUGCAGGCAUCGUGGGUUUGUUAUGGUUUCUUACUAUGACAUAAGGGCAGCUCAAAAUGCAAAGAGAGAACUUCAAAAUAAGCCAUUGAAGCGUAGGAAACUUGACAUACAUUAUUCGAUACCAAAGGACAAUCUUUCAGAGAGUGAUAUUAACCAAGGCACCCUGGCUGUAUUCAACCUUGAUUCCUCUGUUUCAGAUGAUGAGCUUCGCCAGAUUUUUGGCUUUUAUGGAGAAAUCAAAGAAAUCUUUGAUAUUCCACAUAAGUAUCACCCAAAGUUCAUAGAGUUUUAUGAUGUUCGAGCUGCAGAAUCUGCUCUUCGUGCACUGAAUAGGAGUGAUAUUGCUGGCAAACAGAUCAAGGUUGAACCAAGCCAUCCAGGGAUUGCAAGAUGGUGUGUGAUGGAACAGUUCGAGCAGGAGCAAGAUGGACGUAAUGUUUGCCAAAGCCCUUGUAAAAAUUUAUCACCAGUAUGCACAGCCCGAUCACCUGUGAGUUCAUAUGUUGAAAAUGUAUUCCCUCACAGGAGUUCAAGUGUUCCGAACAACUUGCCCUCUCCAGUGAGAGUGGCAUCCAUUGGCAAACAAUUUGGCAUUUGUGAUUCAAAUCAGUCUCUAAAUGAAAUAAAAUUUUCCAACCAAUGCAUUCCCAGUUUCCAUCCUCAUUCCUUUCCGGAGUAUCUUGAUGGUUCAGUCAAUGGUAGUCCAUGCAAAACUUCAAGCCAUAUGGCUGAUAUGGCUGUCAGUCUCGGUCCCAAAGUGGCUGAAGGAAUUGACAGUAGGCAAAUUAUCAAAGUGAGUUCCAACAUUCGCACAAUGGAACCCAAUGCAGGAGUUUUUGGUUCCUUGGGAAAUGGGAGUUAUCCCUUUCAUCAUCACUUCCCAUGGAACAACUCGCAUCAGCAACAUCCUUCAAGUCCCAUGAUUUGGGGGAAUUCAACUUCAUUUGCCACUGGUGUUCCUGCUCAUCACCUUCCACAAACGCCUGGAUUUCCGAGAGGAUCACACCAAUUGCUGAACACGUCACCUGUGCACUGCCAUGUUGGAUCGGCACCAGCUGUAAAUCCUUCUCUCUGGGAUAAGCAGCAUUCCUAUCUGGGGGAAUCUCCUGAAGCUUCUAGUUUUCAUUUGGGUUCUCUUGGGAGUGUGGGUUUUCCUUGCAGUUCUCAAUUGCAUCCAAUAGAAAUUUCUUCUCGCAGUACCUUUUCUCAUGUUGGCAGAAAUUGCCCUGACAUGUUGACAAAUGCUGGUCAUCACUCUCCUAAGCAAAUGUGCCAUAUUUUCCCUGAGAGGAUCCCGAUGAUUUCAAUGCCUACAUCUUUUGAGUCACCUAGUGAACGUGCAAGAAGCCUUUCUCACCGUAGAAAUGAAGCAAAUUAUCUUGCUGAUAAGAAACAAUUUGAACUUGAUCUUGACCGCAUAUUGCGUGGGGAAGACAGCCGCACAACACUGAUGAUAAAGAACAUUCCCAACAAGUAUACUUCUAAGAUGCUUUUGGUUGCAAUAGAUGAGCACUGUCGGGGAACCUAUGAUUUUAUCUAUUUGCCAAUUGACUUCAAGAACAAAUGCAAUGUGGGCUAUGCGUUCAUCAAUAUGACUGAUCCUCGGCAGAUAAUUUCAUUCCAUCAGGCAUUCAAUGGUAAAAAAUGGGAAAAGUUCAAUAGUGAAAAGGUGGCAUCCCUUGCAUAUGCUAGGAUUCAGGGAAAGGCUGCUCUUAUUGCCCAUUUUCAGAAUUCAAGCUUGAUGAAUGAAGAUAAACGUUGCCGUCCUAUUCUCUUUCAUACUGACGGUCCAAAUGCUGGUGAUCUAGAGCCCUUCCCCAUGGGUGCUAAUAUUCGUUCAAGACCAGGCAGACCCCGAACUAAUGGCAAUGAGGAAAACCACAACCAAGGGAGCCCUUCUACUUCUGCAAAUAGAGAGGGGAAUAUUCCAAUGGAUCGGAUUCUUCAAAGGACUUCGAUUGACCCAGCCAAUUUGCCUGAAGCACUAACUUUAUAACGAACCCUGUAUUGGAGUACAGAAUCACAUUAACCCCAAUUCGUAUCACCCCUAUUCUGACAACUGUUUUUCCGGCUGCAAAGAACCAGAACUAGUUCUAUUACAGGUUUUGGGAACUGGAGCCAGCUUUACCAAGUGGUCUUCUUAUUUUUCUGUCUCACUAAAUUAAUCACAUUGGACCAAUGAGUAUAGAGAAUCGCUUACCCAAAGGCUCUAAAUUUUGGCUUGUCUUGAGUGAACAAUCUCACAUUGGAUACAAGUUCCCCGAGGUAAAUGUUCACGGGCAGUUCAUGUUGGGGGGGCAGUUACCAGUUCAUGUCGAUAUUUCUGAUUAAUCUCCAUUUUGUUUUCUUGAA